AUGCCUCGUGCCUUACCGACAACUCUUGGUUUCUGGGCGGGGCAUAGGAACUCUAAAAUUCGGGUUAUCCUGGCACGUGUAUGGGAGAAUGACACAGAACUUGAUAUUUCAAACAACAGGAUAAACAGGGCAACUGGACAUUUAGUGUAUCAGAAGAGAUUUUACAGGACUAAGUUCUGCAUUUGCCCUGGUGGCUCCCAGGUUAACAGUGCUCGCAUUGCAGAUUCCAUACAUUACGGGUGCAUCCCUGUGAUACUCUCUAAUUUUUAUGAUCUGCCAUUUAAUGACAUUCUAAAUUGGCAUAAAUUUUCGGUCAUACUAAAGGAGAAAGAUGUCUACCAGCUGAAGCAAAUUCUUAAGAACGUUACACAAGAAGAAUUUGUCAAAUUGCACUACAAUUUGGUCAAGGUCCAGAAGCACUUCCAGUGGAACUCACCUCCCAUAAAACAUGAUGCUUUUCAUAUGUUGAUGUAUGAACUUUGGUUGCGCCAUCACGUAAUCAAGUACUAA